CAGGCUUCCGGAUCCUCCUCAAGUUGGGAACUCGUGGUUGCUGAGAAGAAAAUUCCGAAGAUGCCGUGCUAUGUUCGGACGGCCAUUGACAUAAACCGCAACUUUAUCGCCACAUACUACGCGUUUACGCGGGAAUCAGACUUUGACGCGAUAUUUUGGGUUCAGGCUGAUGACCUCAUGAAGUUAAACAAGAGCUUUGAGGAUAUUGCUAAAGCUCUUGAUCUCAUCGAAGAAGGCGAUCAAGGAAACAAAGCUAUCAGUCGAGACAAAGUUCUGGAAUGGUUUUGCGACCCACGGAAAAGAGAAGUUCGGGCAGCGGCAAAACUCACCGAUGUUGAUUCCGCAUUGGCAAAGUGGCUCAUUAUAUUUGAUAACGCUGAUGAUAUCAACAUUCUCCGGGAGUUUUGGCCUAUUGGCUCCUGUGGUUCCAUUCUCGUAACGUCUCGGGAUCCUACAGCCAAAUUGGACUUAGCAACCGCUCUGUCCCUGGCAAAUAGGAUUGGUAAUGUUCCCUUGGCUAUGUCACAAAUUGCGACUAGGAUUCGUCGUAACGCAAUGACGAUUGAAGAAUUUCUUCAUCGACAUGGCAACAACUCACUGAUAAUAGAGCUCAACAAAGUACAAAGUCUCCCUCCCCAGGAACAAUACAGACAUACCCUGGCCACUGUCUGGGGGUUCGAGAAUUUUAGCCCGAAGGUACAGGGCUUGAUCUACACGAUGGUUUUCAUGGAUCCUGAUAAUAUAGCCGAAUUUAUUCUACAGCAGGGCUCUAUGGAUAUGGGCAACAUCCCUUACCCUAAGCCUGGAGAAGAGUAUCAAAGGGCAUGGGAGGAGUUGUAUAGGACAUCACUUGUCCAAAGAAAGAAGGAAACCAAAUCAUUGAGUUGGCAUCCAGAGGUUCAAGAGGUUGCAAAGAAUAAAAUGACCGAUGAUCAACAGCAAAAGUAUUACGAACACACGAUAGACAUUCUAUCUCGCGCCUGGCUUUACGCGGACGACCCAUUCACCCGGGAAAACUUCAAGCAAAAUGCAUGCGACGACGUCUUAUCGCACAUUCAGAGCAUUUUUAGGAUUUACAAGUCGCCACUCACCAACUUUUACAUAUCCACUCCAAGUGCUAAAAAGCUCGUAAAGCUACUGCAGGAAGCUGGGUGG